UUGCUUGCUCUUGAGCCACGUGGUCUUCACUUUGAAUUUGUUUUCCUCAACAGAAAAUGAAAACACUGGCAGAGAGGCGUAGAAGUGCCCCGUCGCUUAUCCUGGACAAAGCCCUGCAGAAGCGGCCCAGUACCAAGGAAAGUCCGUCCGCUGGUGUGGACACGUGUGCGUUUCUGUCCGCGUUCGCUGGCACCAGUAGGACCCUGCUCAUCGAUGGCCGGGUAGAGCUCCGAAGGGGCCUGCAGAGGCAGGAGCGGCAUCUCUUUCUGUUCAACGAUCUGUUCGUUGUGGCCAAAAUCAAAUAUAACAACAACUUUAAGAUAAAAAAUAAAAUUAAGUUGAGUGACAUGUGGACAGCCAGCUGUGUGGAUGAAGUGGGAGAAGGCAACACCAACACCCUGAAGUCCUUCGUGCUGGGCUGGCCCACGGUCAACUUUGUGGCCACAUUCAGUUCUCCAGAGCAAAAGGACAAGUGGCUGUCUCUCCUUCAGAGAUACAUCCACCUAGAGAAAGAGAAGGACCACCCGAAGAGCAUUCCCCUCAAAAUCUUCGCCAAGGACAUUGGGAAUUGCGCCUAUUCUAAAACUAUAACAGUAACAAAUUCAGAUACCGUGAAUGAAGUUAUCAACAUGUCACUACCCAUGCUCGGGAUAACGGGCUCUGAGAGAGAUUACCAAUUAUGGGUCAAUUCUGGCAAAGAGGAGGCGCCAUACCCACUUAUUGGGCACGAGUAUCCCUAUGGAAUCAAGAUGAGCCAUCUCCGCGACACGGCACUCCUGGCCCCGGGGCCCAGGGACUCGACCUCGCCGUCCAGCCCCCAGGAGCCCUUCUUCAUGGAACAGCCCCGCGAGGUGCAGUGCCAGUUCAUCCUGAAGCCCAGCCGCCUGGCCGCGGCCCGGCCCCUGAGCGAUUCAGGCCAGAAGACGUUUAAGAGGAGAAGAUCCAUCAUAAACUGGGCCUUCUGGCGGGGCUCCAGCACGCACCUGGACAACCUGCCCCUGUCCCCGACGUCGCCUGUGGCCGGGCAGCUCUUCGGUGUGUCUCUGCCCAGCAUUUGUGAGAACGACAACCUGCCCAAACCCGUGCUGGACAUGCUUUUCUUUCUUAAUCAAAAAGGACCCCUCACCAAAGGCAUCUUCAGACAGUCCGCCAAUGUGAAAUCCUGCCGCGAGCUGAAAGAGCGGCUGAAUGCCGGAGCGGAGGUGCACCUGGACGGUGAAUCCAUCUUCGUGAUCGCCUCCGUCUUAAAGGAUUUUCUGCGCAACAUUCCAGGAAGCAUUUUUUCAUCAGAUCUCUAUGAUCACUGGGUCUCUGUCAUGGAUCAAGGAAAUGAUGAAGAGAAAGUAAAUACAAUUCAAAGGCUGAUAGACCAGCUUCCGAGAGCCAAUGUUGUCCUCCUGCGGUAUCUCUUUGGGGUUUUGCACAACAUCGAGCAGCAUUCCUCGGCCAAUCAGAUGACGGCAUUUAACUUAGCCGUGUGUAUCGCUCCCAGCAUCCUGUGGCCGCCUACAUCCUCCAGCCCAGAACUAGAAAACGAGUUUACAAAAAAGGUUUCUCUACUCAUACAAUUUCUGAUUGAAAAUUGCUGUAGGAUAUUUGGAGAAGAGAUCGCUUCCCUCUUGGGAGAGGUUUCAGUGAGAUGUGAUACUAGAGAGAACGCCUCAGAUCUCUCUUGCUUCCAACUGAACGACUCCUCCUACGACAGCUUGGAAAAUGAGCUCAAUGAGGAUGUCGACGCCCCGUGCAGCGACUUGGUGAAGAAGCUGGGUCAGGGCAGCAGGAGCAUGGACUCUGUGCUGACCCUCAGCGACUAUGACCUCGACCAGCCCGAGGUGGAGGGCCUCUUAACCCUGAGUGACUUCGACCUAGACCGUUCCAAAGACGAAGACGUGCCCCUGGCCGGGCCCCUGGAGGCCCAGCCAGGCAGGGUUGUGGUGUACGCGAAGGCCCCCCUGCGGGAUCCGGCCCGCGCCCCCUGCAGCCUGAGCACGCCCGGCUACCUGCCGGCCGCGGAGGCCCCCAAGAGCCUGCGGCGGCACCGCCGCUGCUCGGAGCCCAGCAUCGACUAUUUCGACUCCAAGCUUUCCUACCUCAGGGAGUUCUACCAGAAGAAGCUCCGCAAGUCCAGCUGUGACGCCAUCCUCUCGCAGAAGGACGCGGAGGACCCGAAGCAGAACCCGCCCCCGCGGGAGGAGGGCAGGGCGGGCCACCGAGCCGGAGGGGCCCCGGGCGGGGACGCGGGCAGGAAGGACAGCGCCGGCCAAACCCCGAGGAAGAAAAGCUCGUCGGCCGGUGAAGGCGGUCACGGCAGACUCUUCCCGAAGUCCAGGCCCGUGGCCAUUUCUGUGGCCCCCUGCAGCCACACGCCCUCGCCGGACCGGGCAGGGACCCAGCCCUGCGCGGCCGACGCCCCCGGGUACUCCCCGCCGCACACCGCCGACGCCCUCAAGGGCCCGCGGCGGCACCGGCGCUGCUCGGAGCCCAGCAUGGACGACCAGCGGUGCAAAUUCACCUACCUCAGGGCCGUACACUCCAAGCAGCAGCAGAAGACGGGCUGCGGCCCCGGCCUUCUGCACGGGGAGGAGGAUUAUCUCAAGCGGCACAAGUCUUUGCAGAUGGAAGGGCAAAAACUCAUCAACCAGAGCCUGGUCAUGGGCAUCGAGGUGCGCAAGGGCAGUGCCGCGGCGCCGCACAGCGACAGGGCGCUGCCCCCGCGCCUGAGCCUCUGCCCAAGGACUAGCUACUCCAGCUUGUCCUCCCCGGGCUCCUCCCCGUCGGGCUCCUCGGUGAGCUCCCAGGACAGCGCCUUCUCCCAGAUCUCCGAACACUCGGUGUUCACGCCCACGGAAACGUCCUCUCCCGUAGACUGCACUUUCCAGGCGCAGAGAAAGGCCGAGGAGCCCUCCGCCGACCCCAGCGCCGCCAGCCACCUCUCCGGAAUGCCCGGGCCCUCCGCGGGGCCGCCGGGCAGGCGUCUGGGCUCUGCCAAAAAGGACCCCCUGGACUGGCCUUCGCAUAUGCACCCCGUGACGCUCCACCCCAGCACGUGGUUGAGAAACGGGGUGGCCAGCUUGAAAAACUGGUCCCUCAAGAAGAAGGCCAGGGCGCUGCGACCAGAGGAACGGAAAACAGACGCGCUCCAAGGGCCCGCGGAGCCGCUGGCUCGCGCCGCCGCUGUUCUCGAAGCCGGCUCCCCGCCAGACCCGCGGAAAGACGCGGGGCUCGCAGAGCCCUGGCCCAGCGCGCCUCCCGGCCCCGACCCGCAGCCGCUGCAGGGCCGCGCCCAGUUCUGCGUGGUGGAAGACAGACUCCGGCUCCCCGCGGAGCCGCGCGAGGCCGGGCAGCAGGGCGGCCAGUGCACUCCCGGGGCUCUGCCCUGCGCGAGGGCCUCACCCGGCCCUCUGACGGGACUGGACGCGCCCAGCCCCGGCUCGGGCCUCACCGAGGUCUGCAAUGUUGGAGACGGACAGCCAGCCACAGACAGUGAGCCGCAGUAAGCAGCUGCCGUCUGCAAGAUCAGAAACGGAGCUAAUAAUGACCUAAAGACAGUAAUUAUGACCCCUUUGUAUAAAAUACCUGGGAUGGGUGGUAUAAGCAUAAUCAUCGCUAAUACUUAGGACAACAAAAAGAAUUCUCUCUGAGACUAUUUGGGGGGUGGGGGGGAGAAGCUUAGACUUCUUUAAAAAAAGUCCAUCAUCUAAGUGUUUGGAAUCCUGGUCCUUCCUUGGGUGGGUCAAGGGCCUGGCCCUGCCGUGUUUCUAGAGACCCUAGCAGAGGGCCAGGGGACGCACCUCUGUCGGGCAGCAUGCCUCCAGGACCAGUCUGUGAGCCGAGUGUCCUGAGAAGGCCCUGUUCUGGCAGUGAGGAGGGGUGAGGCAAGUGGCAGGAGGGAGCCCUGCCCCUCCCCAUGGGGGGUUGGGGGGAGGUGAGGACCAAAGCGUCUCCCUCCCUCCAAGCCAGGGGCUGCUCAGCCAUAUCCGACAGACCUGUGCCCUCACAGGACCCCUCGGGGACCAGCCCUGGUGUCAGGAGCCCCAAGCACACACACUACCAUGGCCGCCGUGCCUGUGUGUGAGUGGGUUUGUCUCCCCUUAGUGUGGCCUUGCUCCUCGAAGGAGAAAGAAGGGAACAGCAGCCCCAGGGUGACCCCAGGCGCCCAGCAUGGGCACAUUUUCCAGAGAGGCAGCGCUGCCGUUCUCGGGGUGACCAUCUGGGCGUGGACCCAGGGGCCCCCACACCAGGCCUGUCCACUCUGCGGACGCUGCUGCCCCCCUGAGCAGAGCCUGGCUCCUCCUGGCGGAGACAGGGUGUGAGCCCCGCCUCCCCAUAGCCAGAAGAGAAAGCCCCUGACAGGCACCCCCUUUCUGUUGUCACUCGGCAGUUAAAAGAUCACCUUAGACAGUGGCAGUUUAGAAGUGUCAAAGGACACGACUAUCCCCAGGGCAGCCAGCAGCCUUUCUCCUCUGACAGGCCUGGACUUUGGAUUUUUCUUACAACCGAGGUUAUUUUUGCCCCAAGCGAGGCACAGGUGAUGUACACCCAGUGGGCUUAUUCCACAUCUGCCCCGUUCCUCUGUCGGGCUGCCCGAGCAGCUCCUGGGUGAUCCCUGGGGGCUGUGGGGCCUCAGCAGCCAGUGUGAAGGGGAAGAAUCAGGACGUAUAUCUGCAUGGAAACUUCGUACAGCAAGCUUCCUGGGAGCCAUUUGGUCUCCAGGAUACCACCAGGUGGUCCUUUUGCACCACCACCUGCCUAUUCUUUUUCUUAGCCACCAGAAAGCAUUCAAAUAUUCUCUCCCUGUUGCCCUAAAGGCUGCAUUUUGCAGUACUAGAAAGAAAAUAAUGUCUCUGUCAGAUAGAAGUCCUCAACAGUGUUAGUUAUAGGUGCUACCUACCUCCACGGGACACAGCCUGUUGGCGCUCAGUGACUGUCACCUUGAGAACUGCGUCCAACAAAGGCCGCGACGCACUGACCAGCUCAGUCACAGACUGAAGUAGAUCUCGCCCUCCAACCCACCCUCCCAGACGACACUCCCCAGGGUCCCUGUGCACCUUCUGGGGGGGACCACAGACCGCCAGCAGGGACCCGGACCUGUAGGCUGACUACUGUCCAAAGCCAAGAUGUGAAUGAGACUCUUACUGCUUGGAGUGUCUUUCAAGAAGUUGCUUCUCCGCCUAACAAGAUACCUUGCCUAGCCUUUUUACUUUCACGUGGCGGGUAGCAAGUCCCCCACCCAAAUGGGAGCAUAGCAGAAAAUAGAUGCCGAGGCUCUUCAAUACCCCUUGCUACUCGGAGUCCCCUUAGAUACUCCUGUCACACUUAAUGUGAAUAGUUUGUUAAUAUUGCUGUAAAGUAUGAUGUAUGAUUUGGAGACAGACUAUGUGUCAUUUUAUUAUACUCUGUCAAUCUAUAAUAUAUUAGACUGAUGCUUUAUCUAAAAUGCUUUGAGUUUGUAUAAUAUAUCUUGACAAAAUUUACUACCAUAUGUUAUGUAAUAAAUGUGUAUUUUUGUACUUGCAGAAGCUGCUGCUACCUUUUAAAGUUGUUUGGUUUUCAAGGCACUGAUAAUGGAUAUGUAUGAAGUCCAUACUGUCUGUUAAAUAAAAUACCAUUCUGCAGUUAACAGUCCCCACAGAGCGAUACUGCCUUCAGAAAAGUGCUUCAGUCCGUGAGCUCCCAUGGCUGCUUAACAUUUGAAACUCAUAAAA